AUGCGAACAAAUCUUAUCGUUGUUGCUUACGAUGACAGUGACAAUGUAGAUCUUCUUGUUGCAUACAACAAUGUCUCUUUUGAAAAUCAAAUGACGUUUUCAACUGGCCAUUUUCCACAGUCUGCAGCUGUUGGUGAUUUCAACAACGACACCAGACUGGAUAUCGUUGUCGCUAAUUAUGGGGACAACAAUGUGAGUGUCCUUCUUGGAUAUGGUAAUGGCUCUUUUCAAAAUCAAAUGACGUUUUCAACUGGCUCUUUGCCACAGUCUGUAGCUGUUGGUGAUUUCAACAACGACACCCAACUGGAUAUCGUUGUCGCCAAUUCUAAUGAUAACAGUGUGAGUGUACUUCUUGGAUACGGUAAUGGCUCUUUUCAAAAUCAAAUAACGUUGUUAACUGGCUCUGGGCCAUACUCUGUAGCUG